CAGACGAUCGAGUAAUUUACACUCACAAGCAGAUGCCGAAGCAGGGGGAGGCGGGCCGGGCCACGAACGAUGACAAUCCAGUCCAUUUGCAAUUUCCAAGGUUGUUUUCGAAAAAAAAAACAAAAAAACAAAAAAAAAAAACCCUAAAUCCUAUGGAUUUGAGGGCCAAACUUCAAAUCUCUCAAACACUUCAAUCAGAACAGUCCCCUCCGAGCAUCGCCAUCUCACCGUUGAUCACAAAAAGGCUAUCCCAGAAAUCCAACGGCCACGCAUCUUCGUCCUUCAACAUCUCCACCCAAAUUUCAAGUUUCCCCUCUGUUCUUUCUACUGUACAUCGUUCCCAAUCAGCAAAAGGUAACCAGAAUCAGAUGUUCCUGUCUCGGAUUCCGCUAUUCCGGUCCUGAAUUAUCUUCUCCUCGAACGGCAAUUAAACACAUGAAUGCUACCAUCAGCUAACUACACCAACGUUAAGGGAUAUCAGAUUGACAGGAUUCCAGCGCAAUUGAAAAGAAGACUUACUUAGCUUUCCGGCUAUAUGUGACUUUCUGGCAUUUUUCGCAACGUGAAGGCGAAAAACGGUGAAUUUAGACAAGCUUGUAGAAACAAGUGGUGAUCUUGGAACAGUGGUGGUGGUAAUUUAGGAGUGAAGAAUGGAUGACAUCAGUGGCAGCAAUGCGUCGAUGCAUAUGAGCGAUGAAGUGCAUUUGCAAUACAUGCAAGAACAUGAGCAUCCUCAGGGGUUGCCUCAGAUGAGCAAUGGGAAUGGGGUGGCUGAUGAUCAUGAUGAUGGAAGUGGUGCUGGUACUGGUGGUGCUGAGCUUUCCGAAGUUAAUGUACAGUCUGAACCUGUGAAUCUCUCUGAUAUGAGUAGUGGGAUGGUGGACCAUAGCGGCAAUAAUGGGGACCAGCUCACAUUGUCAUUUCAGGGUCAGGUUUUUGUGUUCGACUCUGUGUCACCCGAGAAGGUUCAAGCUGUGUUGCUGCUAUUGGGGGGCCGUGAAGUACCUCCGGGCAUGCCUGCCGCUCCACUAACCACCCAGCAUGAUAAUAGGGCCCUUACUAGUAUUCCACAACGGUUGAGUGUCCCUCAAAGACUGGCUUCACUUAUUAGAUUCCGUGAAAAACGAAAAGAAAGAAAUUUCGACAAGAAGAUUCGUUAUACUGUUCGCAAAGAGGUAGCUCUUAGGAUGCAACGAAAGAAAGGUCAAUUUACAUCUUCUAAGCCCAACAGUGAUGAUUCUGCAUCAGCUAUCACAAGUUGGGGCUCAAACGAGAACUGGGGUCAGGAUGGUAAUGGAUCCAUUCCCCAAGAGGCUGUCUGUCGACACUGUGGCACCAAUGAGAAGUGUACACCAAUGAUGCGACGUGGACCGGAUGGACCAAGAACCCUUUGCAAUGCAUGUGGACUAAUGUGGGCAAACAAGGGAACUCUAAGGGACCUCUCCAAGGCAGCACCCCAAGCAGUACAAAACCCUUCCACGAGUAGGAAUGAAGACUCCAAACCUGAUUUAUAAAACAAUUGAAAUUUGGAGGCCAACGGGGUCCUUAGAAUUCCGGGAAGGUAAACGGCCGUGAGAGUCCCUAAAAAAGCGGAGCCUUGCGUUCGAAGUAAGUAUGGAAGUUCUCAUUUAAUCUUCCUUUAGAUGUGUUGAGUCUGUCUCGCGGCACUGCACGAUGUGCCCAUAGGAUUUUCCUGAACCUAAAUUAAACUAUACGUUUUGACAUCGGUUUCCAUCUUCUUGCCCUUGAUGACAUUGCUUGAACGAAGUAAUUGUCUGUAAAACUGAACUUUGAACUUUUUAUCUGAUGAUCAAACAGCUGUUUUAGUUAAAUAAAUUGAUUUCUUGACAACACA